AUGCAUAUCUACGAUGAAUUCAAAUCCUCAUUUAUUAUUAUAUUUUUUCUCAGUUAUAUAUUUUUCGUCAGCGGUCUGAUUAUAAAUGUUCUUCAAUUAUGCUCCUGUAUUAUAUGGCCAUUUAAUAAAGCACUUUUCCGAAAAAUCAAUUGUUAUUUGGCAUUGGGCAUUUGGAGUCAAUUGACAUUUUUGGCUCAAUGGUGGUCAAAAAGUGAUUGUAUUUUGUAUAUAAAUCCAAAUGAUCGUAAAAGAAUUGCUAAUGAGAAUAUUAUUGUUAUAAUGAAUCAUAAGUAUGACAUCGACUGGCUUGCUGCCUGGGUAGCCUGUCAACGGAUGGGUAUGUUAAAGGGUUCAAAAAUUGUAGCUAAACAACCGCUUAAAUUUGUGCCAAUACUUGGUUGGUGUUGGAUUUGUACUGAAACAAUAUUUGUGCGACGUGUAUGGGAGACUGAUCGUGAAACACUUGCCAAUGACUUACGAAGAAUAUUUGCUAAUUAUCCAGAAAAUCAUUACUUUAAUCUUAUGCUUUCCUGUGAAGGUACUCGAUUUACUGAAAAAAAACGCUUGGCAAGUAUGAAAAUCGCACAAGAGAAAGGUUUACCUGAACUUAAACAUCAUAUUCUACCACGUACAAAAGGUUUUACAUUGUUAUUACAAGGAGCGGAAAAUCGAGUUGAAGCUCUCUAUGACAUAACACUUGGUUUUAAGAAGACCGGAGCUGAACCAACACUACUUAGUAUAAUAAAAGGACGAUCUUGUCAAGCAGAAUUAUUUAUUAGACGCAUUCCGAUUUCUGAAAUACCAACAGACACUGAAGGAUCAAGUAAUUGGGUUCAUGAAUUAUAUCGUGAAAAAGACAAAAUAUAUGAUUAUUUUGCCCAACAUGGUACUUUCGAAGGAAAUGGAUUACCACGACUGGAAACUUCACGUAAUUAUUAUGAUUUACUGAUUGAACUUGGAUGGAUCAUGAUUAUUGGAAUACCAUCAAUCAUUUAUUUUUUCCAAUUUCUUUGGACAAGCUCGAUUCUAGCUAAAUUUAUAUUUGUUAUUAUUAUAAGUAUUGCGACUGUUAUUGGUCGAACAAUGAUUGCCAUAACAGAAACCGAACGAGGUUCACAUUAUGGUGAAAACAACAAAGAACAUUAA